CCCAGGCUAUGAAGACGGCAGUGAACUAAUCAAAAUUCAAAACAGCGCUAGUAGUAGUACACAUUUGCAGUCCCCUCCAUGAGCUUGAAAUCCGGUUUAGCAAGCUUCUUCCUCCUCCAAUUCGAAAGUCUGUCUUCUUCGACUUCGACGGCGACCGUUGCUCGUCGUUGUAGUUUCGGUCAUCUUCGUCCAGUUCCUCCCAGUAAACGCGCGUAUACCUGCGCAGCAACUCCUUCACCGCAAUCAGCCGAAAAGUCCAACGGAGUGUUGCUAGUGGUGGUUGGUGGUGGAGCAGCUGGAGUGUAUGGAGCCAUUAGAGCUAAGUCCUUGGCGCCUCAUCUGAAUGUUCUAGUUGUGGAGAAAGGAAAGCUUCUAUCCAAGGUGAAAAUAUCUGGAGGAGGAAGAUGCAAUGUCACGAACGGGCAUUGUCCGGACACCAAGAUUUUGGCCGAACAUUAUCCUAGAGGCCAUAGAGAGCUAAGAGGGUCUUUCUUCAACACUCAUGGCCCAGGAGACACCAUGUCGUGGUUUACAGAUCAUGGGGUGGCACUGAAGAUUGAGGAAGAUGGCAGAGUGUUUCCUAUCACCAACAAUUCAUCCUCAAUAGUUGAUUGUCUUCUGUCUGAGGCAAGAGAAAGGGGAGUUUGUCUGCAGACAGGAAAAACUGUUACUAGUGUAUCUGCUGGAGUCCAAGGAAAGUUUAUUCUGAAGGUUGAAAAACGUAGUGUUGAGUUCCUUGAGUAUUUAGAAGCUGACUAUUUACUGAUUGCAAGUGGCGGUAGCCGUCAGGGUUAUGAACUUGCAGUUCAGCUUGGUCAUUCAAUUGUAGAUGGAGUCCCAAGCUUAUUUACUUUCAAGAUUAAGGAUCCACUACUGUCAGAGUUGUCAGGGGUCACAUUUCUUAAGGUUGAAGCGUCCUUAAUACUGGAAAGUGACAAGAAGAAUAUCCCACACCUUACGCAGCUAGGCCCAAUGCUGGUUACACACUGGGGACUCAGUGGUCCUGUAAUUCUUCGACUGUCUGCAUGGGGGGCUCGGGAUCUGUUCAGAGCAGGCUACAAAGCGCUGCUUAUGGUGGAUUUUGUACCUGAUCUGCACAUUGAGGAUAUGAAGUCUAUCCUUAGUCGACAAAAGCAGAAAUUUGCGAAACAAAAAGUGCUUAAUUCCUGCCCAUCAGAAUUCGGGAUUGUGAAGAGAUUUUGGAAAUAUAUGCUCGAUCGUGAGGGUCUGAAUUGUGAUACCUUGUGGGCAUCCGUAUCAAAUAAUUCCUUAAAUUCUGUAGCAUAUCUGUUGAAGCAUUGCGCAUUUGAAGUAGUAGGAAAGGGUCAGUACAAGGACGAAUUUGUCACUGCUGGAGGUGUUCCUUUAUCCGAGAUUUCUUUGAAGACAAUGGAAAGCAAGAUGCGCCCAAAUCUCUUCUUUGCUGGAGAGGUAUUGAAUGUCGAUGGGGUGACUGGUGGUUUUAACUUUCAGAAUGCAUGGUCCGGUGGCUACAUUGCCGGAACAACCAUCGGUGAACUGGCAGCUAAAGCAGUUUGCUGAGCCCCUACAAGAAGGCUUGGGAGAGUUGUAGGUGUUGAUGUCAUUGGACAAGGGAACAUGUCUCCUGCUAUUACAUGAAUGAUUAGUCCAUAGGUUCCCUUGUCCUUCAAAAAUCAAAGGAUUUAUUUACCAAUUUCUCAUUGUAAAUAUACUUUAUAUGUCUUAAGUUCUCUUAUUUCGUGGUAUCUCUUAUUUCGUGGUAACUUUGAAUGUUCGCAUUAGGAUUUUUGUUUUAAAGAGAAAAAAACUUUGUAAUCUAGUCAAACUAAAUUAUCAGUUCCCUUGUUGAUCGGUGUAAUAUGAUUGACUAACCACAUAACUAAUUGUUUUUCCCAUGCUAAAUCCAAAUUGGGUUGAAUGUCAAAAGUUAGGGAACAAUAAUAGCUUAACUUAAUU